GUCACGACUCUCACUUCCAGCAUUGCAGUUGCUCAACAACUUCCCAUGAAUUGAUUUAAUAGGGCAUUUAUACAAAGAUCCCAUAGUUCUCGACUUCCAAUGUGGCACCUCAAAAUGAGGUAUUGGACUUCAAUAAAAACACUAACACGUCAUGAUCUCACCAGUCGUCCGAAGCGUCUCCUACCAUAAAAGGUCGUUGUCUGGCAUAGCUCUACGAUUCCAUGGUUCUCUGAGUCACCCACCAAUACGUUCUAAUCCAUUGAUAUACCAUCGAUCGCAGAUAUUGAAGCCAGCAAAGUUCUUCCAGAAAGCCACGAUGUCUUCUAGCAAUAACAGCAGCCGUAACGACCCCUUCACCCGUGACAAGCUUUUUGACCUCAAAGGGCAUGUAGCCCUUGUUACAGGUGGCGGCUCGGGAAUCGGGUUAAUGGCAACACAAGCGCUGGUCGCCAAUGGCGCGAAGGUGUACAUCACAGGUCGGACCAAGUCCAAACUAGACCACGUCGUGGAGCUGUACUCACACGGCAACGAUACCAUCGUCCCAGUCGCCUGCGAUGUAACCUCCAAAACACAGAUCGCAGAUCUAGUCAACCAGGUCAAGUCCCAAGAGGGGUAUCUAAGCAUCCUAGUCAACAACGCAGGCAUCUCGAGUUCAACACUGCAGACAGAAGCCAGGUCCGCGCAAGAGAUGCGGGAGAACUUGUUCGACGCAGAGAGCUCGUCGGUGGACGAUUGGACGGACGCCUACCGCACCAACGUACCUCCCAUCUUCUUCGCGACCGCGGCAUUCCUUCCACUGCUGCAGAAGUCAUCUGAGCGUUUCCCCGGCUGGUCUGGCACUGUCGUCAAUAUCUCAUCUAUAAGCGGCUUAGUCAAGACAUCGCAACACCACUUCGCGUAUAAUGCGUCCAAGGCCGCUGCGGUUCACUUGACGCGUAUGUUAGCUGCGGAGACUGCUGCGAAUGGGCUGAAGAUCCGCGUGAAUUCGAUUGCGCCGGGUGUUUUCCCCAGUGAGAUGACGACCGAGGGCAGCGGAGACGAUCAGAAGAGCUACAUCGAGCGCGAGAAGUACCAGAAGAUACCGGCCGGGCGACCUGGCAAGGACGACGACAUGGCUCAGACGAUACUGUUCUUUGCUGCGAACCAGUACUUGAAUGGCCAGACGGUGGCUGUGGAUGGCGGAUAUACGCUUGCAGCUGGACAGUAA